AUGAACGAAAUUAUACCGAAAACACACCAUGGUCCAUUAACCAAAAAGUUAGCAGUAAUUUUGACUAACGAUAUGAACGAUGAAUAUUAUGGACUCAUAUCUCUCGGUACACCACCUCAAGAAUUCAGAGUAGUGUUUGAUACGGGCAGCGCUGACCUAUGGGUGCCGUCACCAAAAUGCGGUUCGUGUGCCUGUAUUGUACACCUUUCAGCGGCCAACACAAUCACACCGUUUCAGCACAUGAUAGCACAGGGAGUGGUGUCGGCGCCGGUCUUCUCCUUCUACCUGAACCGAGACGUGAAGGGAAGGCCCGGCGGAGAGCUUAUACUCGGCGGCUCCGAUCCCGACCACUAUUCUGGUAGCUUUACGUACGUCCCGGUGACCGAUCCGGGCUAUUGGCAAUUUAAUAUGUCUCGUAUAAAAGUGAAUGGUGACCAAGGUGGUGUAUUUUGUCCAAAUGGCUGUCCGGCCAUUGCCGACACCGGCACCACUUUGAUUGUCGGGCCAAUUCAAGAGACCAAUGCAAUAAAUGCAUUGAUUGGGGCCACAAAUCAGGGCAAGGGCUUUUCCCGAUUGAACCCUCGCUAUAUGUUUAUACACGAAUUGGGCCAAAUGGUGGGACACAAUGUUUAUCUGGUUUUCAAGCAGCGCUUUCUGUGCUCUCCGGUUAGUCUCUGUGUGAGCCCUCGACUGUCCAGUCGCUCCACUGACUCCACUCUAUCUGAGUGUCAGCCAUUAUCCAUGUGCUCACCGGCCAUACCUUUGGACCAGCACUUCAUUGUCUCAUAA